AGUCAAGGCUUUACUUUUCAUCCGAAUGCAUCAUUCACCACAAAUAGCCCAACACCAGGAAUUAUUUUCUUAUGGUAAUAAAUAUGGGCUCUGACCAACUCAAUCCCCUUUCUGGACGGUGUCGACCUCUUGACAGUCGUCUACGCCUACCCCGAGGUCAGUGUGCGCCCAGGCCAACGUCAGUGUUUGGACGCACUGGCACGACCACUCUGGUGAAGAUGGCGGAGGCUGCGACGGCGGUUCCCCAACACCGCUUCUACUGUCACUGCUGUAAAGGUGAAAUCGAUCCGAAGCUCCCGGAGUUUGUGUGUCCGACAUGUGAGUCUGGAUUUAUUGAGGAAGUAUCUGAAGGGUCAAGCCUAUUGGAAAAUGGGGACACCACCGCCGGCACAGAUGACAUCAGCUCCCAGUUUACAGAGCUGUGGCAGCUGCUUUUCAUGGAGCGGUCAGCCCUCCUUGACGACCCCAGUCCCACUCCUCCUCCCAGUGCGGAGCUUCCGCCCCCCAGCGCUGACGGCACGGCGAGGCUGGAGGGGGCUGUAGACGGGCGGGGGACCGAGGCGGAGUCGCCGGCCCCGCUGCCUUCAGAACCAGAACAUCCAGCUGAGCAGGACGCACUCGACAGCACGCAGCAGGCCUUAGUGGACAGGGGGCCGCCCGCCGUGGAAGGGAUUGUGCAGCAGUUUCUGGCUGGCUUGUUUUCCAACAACGGAAACUCCAGUUCUGCGCCCUCGUCAUGGUCUCUGCACUCCAACCCAGGGGACUACGCGUGGGGACAAGGAGGAUUAGACACUGUCAUUACACAGUUGCUAGGUCAAUUAGAGAGCACCGGUCCUCCACCUGCCGAGAAGGAGAUGAUCUCAUCGCUGCCCACUGUAGCCGUGUCUCAGGAACAGGCCGCGUGCCGCCUGGAGUGCCCAGUGUGUAGGGAGGAGUAUGCGGCCAAUGAGUGUGUUCGGCAGCUCCCCUGCCAGCACUACUUCCACAGCGACUGCAUCGUGCCAUGGCUACAACUGCAUGACACAUGUCCAGUGUGUCGGAAGAGCCUGAACGGCGAAGACUACAGUUUACAACCUCCACAUAACGCCCAGAACCAGGUGGCGGAGCCCAGCACGGUCGCCGCUGAGACCCAGGGAGGAGCAGCCCUCUGAGGGGGAGCUCACCGAGGGGAGCCCCCGGCUCCUCCAGUCCAGCUCAACAGCACAUUUGCUCCAAAGAGACCCAUUGCUGUGGAUGUCUAUGCUUUUUAAAAAUUCCACUGCAUCUCCACCAAAUCUCAACGGUUGGCUAUUGAGCGUGCAAGCCGUUAACAGGGGAGAAGAGUGGAUAUUUAUUUCAGUGCCAAAAAAGGAAAGCGACUACUGGGAUGUAUGUUCUGUCUGUUAUUUGGGUUUAGAAGGAAAUGAGGGAUAGAUCACUAAAAAAAACAGUGUUGCAUUGUGUGUUUAUUUUAUUUAUUUUUAGUUUUGGCUCUGUCUACCAAGCCUGAUAAACAAGCCCCUUGUGCUUCCAUUUCAAGUACAGAGGGUCUGGAUUCAGUACUGAUGACAAUGGAUUUCACAGGUAGAAUCUUUGCUUGCCAAUCAGUCAGUGACCAGAGAGAGUGUUUGUGAGUAGCACAGUAAACUGUCUGCUACAGGUGAAUUGUAGUGCAUAGGCAUCUUAUUGCCAGCCUACAUGCAUACAUCAGCCAGGUCUUGGUGAUUGGGAAAAGACAGAUCCAAUUAUGUAUUAACUUCAGAAGACUGUACACCUUCAGGAAACCACACAGUUCUCUGAACGGCAAGGCCAGACUCUCUAUGUGAAGCGAUGUGAAGUAUUUUGGGGCUGGGGCACCACGCUAGUCUCUCCCAUCCCUGGUUGUUUCUCAGGUUUAUGGAAUUGAGCUGGAUCUGGACCAGCCUGAACAGAACUCUGGUUUGUGGCUCAGCUGUGUCUACACCACUUCACCAUGAAGACUACCGCUUUGAUUUCAUGGGGGUUUUUUGUUGUUAUUUUUCUUUUAAAUCUCUCUGGGUCUUUUGUGGGUGUUUCAUAAUCACUUGUGGUUGGUUGUUUACCAUUUGCCUGCCAAGGCAAUCCAAAAUGGAAAUUUAGAUUAUUUGGGCAGGCAUGAUUGGGCUCUUUAAAAUUCUGUGGCGCUGCCAUUUGUUGUGCCAGGUCUCAAUCUAUUCUACCCAAUAGCCUACUGCUUUGUGUAACCAUCACUGGCUGUGCCAUUCUUGCAAACCCUAGCUACUCUAACUUAGCUGUAUGUGUCUUUAAGUCGGUGUUGCCAUUGAUAGAUGUUUUGUCCAACAUUAAGUAUAAUUCUGUCCAUGGCCACUGGUUUAAGGAAAAGUACAUGGGGGGCAUACGCAUGUGCACUGACAGACACGAUGGCUUUCAGUGAGUGUCUGAUUGUCAUGGAUUUCCACAGCAAGUUUAAGGAUAAGACCGGACAACGCAAGAUAUUUCAGCAUUGGAUUUGCUACCUUGAGAAUUGUUUUUUUUUAUUUGUAUAUACAUGUAUAUGUAUAUAAAUAAAGUUCUACACAUGUGUAGGUAGAUUUUAACACAAAAUGUGUUGAAAUAUCUGAAAUGAAGUUGACAAAAUAAAUACACAAACAAAAAAUGAACUGAAAAACUAAACAGCUAUGUGACUGUCUUCAUAUCCAUAUUUGAUUUUAGCAUAUCUUUGGUGCUGGUUGCUUGUCAAAGCUGAUUCUAUCAAAAGCAGUGUGGACCUACUGCCUCCAAAUACUAGUUUUUAUCUGUAGACUAUUAGGCUAAUUACAACAGUUUGUAACAAUGUAGUGAACAGGCUACAAACAUCCAAUUAAUUGUGUUAAUUAUUUCAUGUUUUGUCCUUAGGUAUCAUAAUCCUAUGGGUUGUUCAUUUGCCACGGCUACUAGCAAAAUAAAAGCAUAAUAAUAAU